UUAAAAUUUAAUUUUUUAGAAUAGGAGUUCCAGCAAGUUUAGCUAGCGGCGAGUUCUGUACAUAGGACUAAACUAGAUUUAAAAAUGAAAGCAGUUUAUUUCAGUGUACAUCUGUACAUAUGUAAAUUUAACUGCGGCUGUCUUCUUAGUCCUUCUGAUUUCUUGAUCGUGUUCACUCGCAGUGCAACCUUUUUGUCUUUUAGUAAUCAACAAAAUCGCUGCCAGAUUAUUUUGCAAAUUGAUACCGGUCAGGAUUUUGGCGAUUCGUCCUUUUGCACCAUGACUAUUUUCUUCUUGGUUCCGCACAGUCCCUUCUUUGUUUUUUACCAAAGCAAGAUUUCUGCUUUGUGCUUUAGUCCAGGCUUUUCUCUAGCACUACGUUUCUUUGCCUCGUCUCUUUUCGAUUUUAUCCACUUUGCAUGAGCCGGAAGCUUAUCUGCUGCGUUUGAGAUGGCGUCCCCCACGCCCCUCCACCUGUUCUUCUAGGUUUUAAUCGAAAAUUAUUCAAAGUCUGUCGCACCUUAUUUUUUAAGCCUGCAACUCUCAAAGUAAUGCAUGGUUCCAGUCAGGCGGAAUCCACAAACUAUUUUCUAUUUUUCAAUAUCAAAUGAUGACUGUUUAGCUUUUUCUUGAACAUAAACUGUCCUUAGGCGCAUUUUUCUUUGCCGUUGGCUUGUAAAUACGUCCUCGUGCCGCCCAGCUCUGCUGUCAAGCCUCGAGUCAUGAGCGCUGUAUCGUGCUUUCUUGCAGGAGCAGUCCCCUUCAGACUCUGCAGCAGACUCUCCGCUUGCCACUCGUGACCCGUUUGCAGACUUUACAGACUUGGACUUGGAGUCGGGCAGCUCAGUGUCCGACGAGAGUGACGAGGAGGGGGAUGAGGACAACUUUCCCACGACGGAAGGAGCAGCAGAAAACGAGGUGGACUUUGAAGUCCAAGGCGUUACCAUGGUGACGGGGCCGUCGCUGAAGCCUCCCGCUCGGUCUCUGGAAACUGACGUUGAGACGACCACGGCCUCAGCCACGACCGUUGCGACGGCCUCGGACGAUUUCACCAGUACGACUGACACGGAACAACCACAACCGACUAGUUCUUCUCUAAGCACGGUCACCUCGUCUGAAACCACCACAAUGCAAAGUCCCGACAGCACUAUGACCAGUGUUAAUGAUUUCACGACGGUCCCCAGUAAUGAAUCCCCCACGACCACCAGCACUGCAGCCCCUACUACCACAAUCUUUGAUGCAGAACCGACAACGCAGUUUAGUUCCGAAAGCUCACUCACCCCGCGUGCUGAAAUAACCUUGCUCCCAUCCUCUGAUUUAACCACGGAGAGGACCACUGAUGCUAGCACUUUGAUGAAUGGUGACGUCACUGCGACUGUGCGGCCGGGUCAAACGACAAUGCUGUCGGAUAUAGUGGAAACAGUGACAGUCGGGGAAGACGUUUCUCGAACGUUGAAAGUACUUGACCAUGUGACAGACAGCUUAAGUUCCACCCUUGAAACUACCACUAAUGACCCAACGACAACAUAUUCCUCUCUCCCAAGCACUGACUACACGCCUACAGAUUUUGCUAAUCCUACCACUGCACAGAUAACUGAUACAUUGGAAAUAUCAACUGUUUCUCCAAAAACCGGAUCACAGUAUAGAGCUAGUCGGUUGCUGGACACUGAGCUGACUACCACAGACUUCCCAACAGACGCUUCUACCAUGCCUCCUGUGUCUGCUCGUACUCCUGCUUCGGUGACAGAUUUGCCUUCUUUCAGCACGCUUGCAGCCACUGUGCCUACCAACAUGCCCUCCAGCACUCUCCAAACAACCUUGCCUCCCGAGCUAACUUCCACCCUUGAGUCGGAGGACAGUGCUUCCCUGUUCAAUGAUUUAGGCACUACUACCUUGCUUUUUGAACAAAGUAAUUCAACCACUACCUUGCUUGCUGAACAACAUACAUACCCUACCACCAUGGUUGCUGAACAAAGUACUGCACCAACCACCUUGUUUGUUGAACAAAGUAGCUCGCCAUCAACCUUGCUUGCUGAACAAAGCACCUCACCCCCUAUUUGGCUUACUGAACAGAGUACCUCCUUUUCACUGAAUCAAGGUGCCUCCCUUCUCCCUGAACAAAGUACUCUUCCUGCUAGCACUGUCGCCUUGACUCCUGACGACUCCUCACCGGGCACGACUCUUUCUCAGAGCAUGAUGGCUACGGACCUGCCUGUCGGAGACGUCAAGGCCCGCGCGCUCAACCUGGCUGAGUCCUCUACGAGACCGUCAUCCACGUCGACCAGCACCGAGGCGUCCCCAAUCCCGCCAACUACGGUCACCAGCACCGAGGCAACAUCGAGUUCGUCGAGUACUUCAACCAGCACUGAAGCCACGACCAGGCCCAGCACAGAAACCGCGUCAUCUCCAUCGCCCUCAACUACAUCGACCCCACUUAAUAGCACGACUCCGUCAAGUCAACCUACCGCUCCUGUUUCAACCACUACGACUAAAAAGCCAGCGCCUGCAACGACCAGUAAGCCCAACACAACUAAAAAGCCACCACCAAAACCAACUACUAGAAAGCCAGCAGCAACUACGAGAAAACCAGCCUCGAAGCCAAAGGCCACCACCAAGAAGCCAGCUGCAACUACAACCAAAAAGCCAUCGACAACAACUACGACCACUACUACAACCACAACUACAAGCACUACCUCAACUACAAGCACCACUUCUACUACAACGUCGGCUCCGACAACGACCACUGAGGUUACGUACUUUACGAACGCUCCGGUGGUAGAAAUACUCGAACGAGGACUUAUUAAAGAAUUAGAGAAUGCUCCGAUCUCAGUGGCGCCCACAGACAUGGCCGAUGUGGUUCCCACUGAUGUGAUAACCACAGUAGACAUGGCAAGUGAAGUGCCAGUUGAGCCUUCCAGCACGUCCACAACCACCACCACCACCACCACGACAACGGCGAAACCAUCUACCAAGCCGACCACCAAAAAGCCAAGCACAACAACCAAAAAGCCCAGUGCCACAACCAAGAGGCCUAACACUACCAGAAGACCCACGACCAAAAAACCAACUGCUAAACCAAAGCCUACUACGAAGAAACCAGCACCCACUACUACAAAGAAGCCGGCAACAACCACGUCAACCACUUUGGGGACCACGGCUAGUACAGCCAUGGAUACGGCUUCUUCAAGUAUAACUCUAGAUACUGACAUUUUGUCCGCGACUAGUGCAAUGAUGGACACAGGUAUGGCUUUAUCCACAAGCGCAAUGACAGAGGCUACCUCUACUACUAGUACAACGCCGGCAACCUCUACAAGCAGCACAACUCCGGGUACGACAAGUACCACUCCUACAACAACCACAACGAGUACAACUCCUGCUUCAACCAGUACAUCUCCCACAACAACUACAACCAGCACAACUCCCGCUACAACAACCAGCACAACUCCCGCUACAACAACAACCAGCACCUCACCUGCUACAACAACGAGCACAACCUCCGUUACAACUAGCACAACUUCCACUACCAGCACGACUCCUGGUUCAACCACGACCAGCACAACCACAACUGAGAAUGUGAACGUGGUGGUGGGCACUGACACACCUCUGAAUGAGAUCGGGGUGCGUUCCAUGUUGUCUGAGACCGUGGAGACCUCGAUGCAGCCGGCCAUGACGUCCACCACUCCUUCGACCACGACCACCACUCCGUCAACCACGACCACAUCGAAGAAACCCCCAGCAACAACGCGAAAGCCGGCUGCUACGACCAAGAAACCCAAAGCAACGACUCGUCGACCCGCCCCGCGCGCGACCACGACGAAGAAGCCCAAGCCAAAGGUCACUACCACCACAAAAAGGCCCAGCACGACCUCGACGACAACUUCCACUACGACCACCACAGAGCCACCAACCUCGCGUACAGAGGUGACCGAGCAAGUGUUGAGCACGUCAGCCCGGGCUGUUUUCUUCAAGCCACCGUCCGGGCGUGCCCUGUUCGACAACAUGCUGGACACCACAACCAAGAGCCCCGCGACCACCACAACGGAGUCCUCGACGGACCCGACCAAAGACUUCGUGGUGUUCGGGAUCUAUCCCAACAACACGGUCGUACGGAAGAACCCGAACGCGGAGGACGUUUUCACGUCGCCGUUUGUCGUGUUCGGCAUCUACCCCAACAACACCAUCGUGCGGAAGUACCCCAACGGCACCGUGAUCCCCGAGGGCGUUGCGCAGGCCGGCGAGGUCACUUCCGACCAGAUGGCUGAGUUCCGUGAGCUGGGCCUGCUUCGGAACGCGUCCACGCACACACCCGCACCUGCACUCUCGGCGUCGACGGUUGCAACGACCACGUCUCGCCCUUCGGAAGACCUCAAUUCGGUAUUCGGAAGUGCUGAUGAUGCAGUAACGACGGAAAUGGCCUUGCCACCUGCUCCUAUUCCGAGAGGGCGUUCUCUGGUGAUCGAGAUGGAACGGCAGGCCGCAGUCCAGGCGACCAUGGGACGAAAACCAGCGUCCGGAGGGGAGACCUUGGCGAGCAGGAUCGUGCAAAUCGCCCUGGAGCGCGCCCUCACGUCAACGGCCAUGCCUACCGCCAACGACACGUCGACGACGCCAGCGACGACAACCACCAAGGCGCCCUCGAGGACCACGAUGAGGGGCACCAGCACCAGAGCGGCCACGCCCAGAUCGGCCACGCCCAGAGCAGUCACCACCACUACAACCACCACGACGACAACAACUCCAAAGCCAGAGGCGGAGGGUCCCCUGGACAUCCCGCUGGGUGUGCCCGUCGAGGAAGACUCCCCGCCGAAGCCGUCCACCUCCAAGCCGGGCAGCAAGAUCUCCUUGUGGGUGGUGCCGCGCGGUGAGGACGCGGAGGAGGACGACGAGGUUGCCCCCGGCGUCAAGGAACCGCCAUUGACUGACGCCAAACUACUGGGAGCUAUUCUAGCGCUUGCAGGGCCCCAGGGAAAACCCUCCGGGCAACCGGAGUACGAGGACGACGAUGAGUUCUCUUACACCACGCCACCAGAUGAUAGGGUGACUGAGGUCCAAGUGGCGCCGCGGCCUCAGAGCAGGCCCUCUGCCUCUAGAGGCAGCUCAAAGGGCGGCUCUAGAGGCAGGGGAAGCUCGUCUCCGAGGCCCAAGCUGCUACAACCAGCGGACGACAUCCUGGGCUCUGACUUCCCCAUUGGUCUGCUCUCACCCGCCAUUUCUAGUCAAAACACGGUACAGCUUCAUCACCAUCUCCGCCUCCAUUUUCAUCGCAAUCAUUUUAAACCUGCUGCGCCAAGACUUGCCGCCCCGCCGAGCUUUGCAGACACGCUUUUGCUUGGUGACCGUUCGCUUUUUCGCGUUGCUUCAGCCCCGUGCCCCCGCUUUGGUGCUUGCAGGACCCGAAGAAGGACUUCCCCGAGAAGAACGCCAAGUCCCACGACCAUCACGACGACAACCACCUCCACGACCGUGACCACCACCGCGACCACCACCACGAGGCCGAGGACGCCGCCCUGUUCACGGCCCUGCUUGGGACGGGGGGCACCCUGGAGCACGCGCCGCCGGUACCUCCUAACGCCUUCUAACUGCUUCGCACGGUGUAACUGGCCAGCCGCGAAAAUCAAUGUUCAUUUGAUUUCAACGGCGAAGGUUACCGGUGCGUCCACCGCCUUUGCGAUCUGCCUAAAUUUACCCUUGCUUUCGGCACAGGCGCUGCAACUGCAGAUUCUGCAGGCGGCCCUCGCGGGCAGCGGCAACGAGGAGAAGCUCAAGGAGCGCACGGCGGCGCUUUUGGCAGCGCUGGUCGUGGCGCGCACCAGGGAGCGCUUUGGUGGCAGCCCUGCGACCUCCCCCGCUACCACCCUCGCUACCCCAACCACCACCCCUACUACCACCACCACCACCACUACUACCACCACAACCACCACCACCCCUGCUCCGCCCGCUUCUGACCCCACCACGAGCAUGACCGCUGCCGCUGCGCGCGACGCGGCGCUCCUCAGGGCGCUGCUGUCUGCCGGCCCUUCAGGUGGCGGUCAGACUGCGCCUUCGAGGAACAAGGCAAGCUUCACUCCCUUCACUCUUUGACGGUCUCACUAUGCCUCCCUCUCUCUCUGCAGCCGAUCGGCGAUUGUUUUUCAGCGCAGAAAGAUGGCCCUUCCUAACCUCACCUAACCUUUUUCUGUUUCCUGCUCCGUGUCCUAACCUACAACUAACAGUUCUUAACCUUACAAAUUUGAGUUGCCCAGCCUGACGUUCGUCUGACUUGCAGUGCCGAUCGCAGGCUACCAUCUGCCCUGCCCAAGCAGAAGAGGACAGCAAAAGAUUCGACCGAAAAUUGCGGUCAUUCUGGACCAAAUUUUCUCUAAAGUGGCUUAUUUUGAGGCCGUCCUUUCCUGCUCUCACUGAGUGGGUGGGGGCUGGGCAGCCUGUGUCUUGGGAAACCAGAA